CGUUUUUCGGCAUCCAUGCCCAAGAAAACCUCAACAAACCCCAUGUUGCGCACGGCGGCGCGGCGGCGCAUCUCCGUUGCCCCUGCAAGAUUCGCGCACGGGCUCGCGCAGGCGCAGGACCAGGACCAGCCGGCCGUCCAUGAGCGGGGCGGCCUUGAGCCGUCGUGGGUCCCGCUCUACAGGAGGAUCUCGAAGCUGUCCAAUGGCAGGCAGCCGGGAAUGGCGGCGGCGGAGAUGACCAAAUAUCUCCGCAAGAGGCGCCCGCUCUCGGAGUACCAGAUCGUCGCCUACGUCCGGAAGCUCCGCAAGUUCAAGCGUAACGCGUGCGCGCUCGAGUUAAUGGAGUGGAUGGAAGCUCGUGGAGCAAAGUUGACGCCUGGGCAUCAAGCGCUGCGGCUUGACCUUGUUUCAAAAGUUCACGGGAUACAGGCAGCUGAAGAAUAUUUCUGGAGCCUUCCAGAUAUAUUGAAGUCAAGGAAAGCUUGUUCAUGUUUGCUUAACUGCUAUGGUGAACACAUGAUGGCAUGCAAAGGUCUGGAAUUCUAUGAGAAGAUGAAAGCCACGAACAUUGUUCCAAAUACACUGGUGUACAACAGCCUGAUGGCUUUGUACAAAAAGGCGGGCCAGCCAGAGAAAAUCCCCUCCACAUUUGAAGAAAUGCGAGAAAGAGGUAUAACUGCUAACAGUUUUACAUACUUCACAUUGGUAGAAAGCUAUGUUACAAUGAAUGACCUGGAGGCUGCGGAGAAAGUCCUGGAAGAAUUGCAGAAGGUGGCUCCACUUCACUGGUCCUUGUACACUCUAAUGGCAAACAGUUACGUUAAACUAGAGCUGUGUGGAAAGGCAGAAAUUGCCCUAAAGAAAGCUGAGGAAGUUAUGAACAAAGCUGAGUUAUCCUCAUGGUAUUUCCUCCUCUCCAUCUAUGCCCGUUGUGGAAAUGCAACUGAGGUUAAGAGGAUCUGGGAGUCUUUGAAGUCCACAUUCAAGAAAUGUUUGAACAGAAGCUAUCUUGUGAUGCUUCAAGCUCUGAGUACUAUUGAUGACUUUGAGUCUUUACAGGAAAUCUUUCAGGAGUGGGAAUCGAGUCAUGAACAAUAUGACAUGAGGAUAACAAAUGUUAUGAUCAAAGCUUACCUUGAUAAGGGUAUGAUAGAUGAAGCUGAGGCUAUCCGUCAGAGGACCAUGGCUAAGGGUCGUUGUGAUGAGAGGACGAUUUACAUAUUUGCCGAGUACUAUUUGGAAAAAUCUAAUGUGACCGCGGCACUGGAGAUCUUGAGAGAUGCAAAGAAGAUGGUGACGGCACACAAAUGGGUGCCAUCCAAAAAGCAUAGGAGCAGAUUUCUGAAGCACUAUGAAGAGUCAAAGGAUGUUGACGGUGUGGAGUCUUUCUGCGAGUGCCUGAGGAAGCUCGAAUGCCUUGAUGUGGACGCUUAUGAGGGCAUGAUGCGGACCUAUAUAGCUGCAGGUAGAACCAACCCAUCUAUUGCUCAGCGUAUCGAAGAUGAUGGGAUUCACGUAGGACCAGAGACGACGAAAUUGCUGGAGCGUGUCUCCGGCAAUUGAAACUGAGAAGGAAAGAAACUUUGUAAGAAGUUGAGGCAACCGUAGAAUUUUUCUUCAUUAUAGAGCAGAAUUAUGACUUGUCGAAGAUGUCGUUAUCUCGUGAAAAGUUUGCUGUCAUCGGAUUUCUGUACAUGAAUUGCAAGGUCUUUUGGCAUUUUACAUUUGAUGCUCUGCUAGCCACCUCUGACCACUGUGUAGCAUCUAUCUAAGCUGCUAAUACGAUGGAGUCAUUUCCAAAAUACAAUUAUUUUCAUGUUA